AUGUUGUUAAGUCUCAAAUCUUGAUGUCAAAUCCUCUUCCACCGAUUGCUAAGGUUGUAUCUUUGGCUAUGCAACAUGAAAGGCAGUCAGUGUCAGAAGAGAGUGAAGAGUCCAAGAUUUUGGUUAAUAUGGCUGAAGGAAAGAAGUCAUAUGGAAAGGGGAAAGCUUCAAGCUCCGGUUCCAGUUCUGGCUAUAAGAACACUGGGAAAUAUUGUACACACUGCAAGAAACCUGGACACACAGUGGAAAUUUGCUACAAACUUCAUGGUUAUCCUAAUACUUUUAAGCCUAAACCUGCUUCUAAUAAUGUUAGCCAUGCUAACAAUGUUGCAGGAGGUUUUGAUUCAGAGGAUGAUGAAGGUGAAACUAUUGUUUCACAGCAAAGAACUGAAGACUUGUUUACAGCUGAUCAGUACAAACAAAUCAUGGCUAUGAUUCAGCAAGCUACUGCAGUUUCAGCUUCACAGAAGCAUUCGGAAUCAGGGAAAGCUUUUGUCAAUCAUGUGACAAAAUCAGCAGUUUUUGGGGCAGAGGUCUCAGGCAAUGGACGUUCAAACCAAGAAGAAGAUUGGUUUGGGUAGCUUAAAGGAAGAUGACCUUUAUCAUUUAGUUGUCACUAGCCCUUCUAGUACUUGUUUUACUGUACAAAAUGUAGUUAAUGAAAUAAGUGAUUCAGGACAGAUUAUUCCACC